GCGACACUAGAACUUAAGAGGUUCCCCACACCUUUGCUGUGAAGCGCUAUUGUGGCCGCGUCCUGAGCUGCUUCGAUAACAACUCCAAACCUCAUAUCUUCCUGGCUGGUCACAAUCAUGUCCUUCAAGUCAAAAGACCUCGCCUACGAGGCCAAGGAGCCAGCUUUUCUACAGAGACUUAGAAAUCAGUACGGGGACAAUUCGGGUCGCCUUGAGAGACCCGUUGCCCGGCCACGGAAGCCGCGUGAGGAACACGACGACGAUGGACCUACCUACGUGGACGAAGAGAGCAACGACAUCAUCUCCAAAGAGGAAUAUGAAGCUCUUGUGCGAGGAGACAAACCCUCCGAGGAUGAUGAUCAAUCCGACAAGGAUCAUAAGGACGAAAACAAGUCCGCAGGCCAGCCCGGGGAGGGUAGUAGAUCAGACACUGGGGCUGAGACAUCGGCCUCCAAGCAGAACAUCGCCGAAAUUGGCGGGCCACGCAAAAGAAAACAAGCCAAGGUUAUCGGUGAAGACACCCCAGCCGCAGAGAGUGAAGACACCACAAAGAAAGACUCGUCGGGCGUGCGAAAAGCGAAACAGAAGAAGAAGAUCAAGCUUUCGUUUGACGAUGAGUCAUGAUGACAGAUUUUGACUCAUGAACAUAGCCCAACAGAUGAUACCCUAGAUCUCAGAUCAAAUGCUCUAUUGCGCUGUAUGAAU